CCGUCGCCCCCCUGCCCCGCCCCCCCCUCCCCCGGCAACAUCUGCCAGGAAAAGAACCUUGCCAGAAGAUGAGCAGGACCCGCCCACCUCGUGCACUUGUCGGAGGCGGUCAUAAACGCGCAUGACAUCACCGUGCAGCCUUGCAGGCGUGCUCCCAGGAUAAAUGGCACCGGGGCGACCCUCCCUAACCAACCCGUCCGCCAAGUCUGGAGAAUAAAACCCACCUUUACUUCCCUUCAUACGGUUUUUUGGGUUGUUUUUUUUACCACUAGUUGACAAGCAUGCUGCAGUUCAGGAGAAGUUUCGAGAGCGACCAGCAUCAGCUGCAGGAGCUCAACAGCAGACUGGGCCACUACUUGUCCAGGACCAAGCAGCUGGAGCACGAAAACGGAUGCCUCGUCGCCCAGAUCCGCCAACUCCGACAGGCGCCGACCUCGGAGCGGCAAGGCCGGUACAGGGCUGACCUGGGGGAGCUGAGGAGAACGGUGGGGCAACUGUCGCUCGAGAAGUCCCGUGCGGAGAUGCAGAGCGUGCAGCUGCAGCGCGAGCUGCACGCGGUCCAGCGCCUGCGCCGCGAGGAGGCUCGGCUCUGGACGGACCUGGGCGGCGAGCUGCACGGCUGCGAGCAGGAGUUCCGCGCGGCCUGCGAGACGAACUGCGCGCUCGAGCAGAGGCUGCUGCAGCUGGAGGGCGAGUGCCGGAGCCUGGAGGAGGCCCACCGGAGGGAGGUCGCCCAGCUCCGGAGUCAGGUCGACGCCAGGCUGGUGCCCGCCGUCGCGCAAACGUACCGCGGCCCGCCGCCCGCCACCCUGGAGGAGAUUCAGGAGUACGCGCGCGCUUUGUCCGAGGGCUGGCAGGACACCUUCGACGCGUACCAGCGGAAGGUGGACGACAUGGAGCGGUCCGUCCGAGCCGACCAAGCGCAGCUGGAGGAGCUGCAGAGGCAGAAGGCGCUGCACGCCGGCGAGUUCGACGGGUUGCGGGCCGAGCUGGAGAAGCAGAGUCACAUGCAGGUGCACCUCGAGGGUCAGCUAGUGCAGAUGCAAGACCGAGUCCGUACGGAUUUCGACGAGUACCAGACCAUAAUUGAUCAGCUGGACCAUGAGAGGAACAUGCUGGCCGACGGUAUUGCAGAAAAGCUGCAAGAGCGUCAGCAGCUGCUCCGGGUCAAGAUGGAUCUUGGCAUGGAGGUGGCAUAUUACAGGGCCCUCUUGGAAGGCGAGCGAAUUGAUCUGCAGGAGGCACACAGGAGGGUCGGUCAACAUCAGAGAGAAAGAAUAAUAGAUAUUAAGAUGCCUUCUCAACCAUACACUCCAAGAGCUUCUGCCUCAACCAGACAGCAUCUGGAUGUCAGGUACAUGGCGCAAACUUCUAAUCUGAGGAGAUCCCCUGUACCACACUCUGGAUCAAUUAGUCCCUCUAGGAUCAUCCCUAUAACAGUGACAGGUAGAAGUCAGCAUCAAAGUCCUGCAUCCAGGAGGGACAUGGUCUCAUUUAGUAAAGCCCGGGCUGCAGCCAGCACUACAACCACCGCUGAAAAGUCCGUUGCUGAGAAAGAAGACCAGGAUAGUCCAACGACGAAAGGUGCACAGCAAAAAGUCAGAGAAGAAAAGAAAGUGAAAAGUGAGAAAGCAGAAAGGGCCUCACAGCCGGUUGUCAAAUUAAGCCCCAUUAUAUCACCCACAGCUGAUGCCAAAUCAGUUAAAGUGGUAUCACCAACAAUGAUGAGCCUCAGCAAUAAUGCGGACGAGGACCGUAAAAAUAAGGUGAUAGAGGAAAAAGAAGAUAAAAGGAGUGUACAAGAGAAGGACGUCAAAUGUAAAAGUGAAACAGAACCGAAGAAAGUUCCACCUGAGAAAAAGGUAUUGGACUCUGUGUCUGUGGAGAAUAUCAUCGACAAAGUGAUGAAGCCUGCAGGUUUGGAUGUUAGAGCGAUCCCUUCGGGAGAAUCAAAGAUCACCUACCAUGUGGAGAAAACUGAGCAGGAGGAUGGCAGCACAAAGACACAGAUCGUGUUGGAGUCGAAGGUGGAAGAGGAGCUGGAUAUUUCUGAGGACUCUGCCUUUGAUGACCUUCUCAGCAGAGGGGUGAAGAAGGUUUCCCUUGAGGAUAUUAAGGGUACGCCAACAGGAAGUAUGAUCCAAAAUCUUCUAAGUGGCCUGCAGGGGACAGAAGACCUGGCAAAUAAAUCGGUACACGUGGAAAUAAUUGAAGAACCUGUGGAGGCUCACAGUGAUGAAGAGUAUGAGGUUGACCAAAAGUCUAUGUCCAGUUUCUUUCAGCCAUCCUCCACAUAUUUCCAGAUUGAAGAGUUGGAGAAUAUCCCCCAUGAGUCUAAAGACCAGAGGAGUAAUGAUGAUGAUGCCUUGAAAACCUUUGGAGCAGACAAAGGCAACGACAAGGGUGGAUCUGUACAAUUCCAACAGGUCUCUAAAGAGGGCGAACCUCCAUACUUCUCCCAUGACCAAGAGUCUCAAGAGUAUUUUGUCUCCACACCGGAUGAUAAUCUCUCAGAAUCUGAAGAGGGAGGUGGUAUAACCUCAUAUGGUCAUUACGGCAUUGUUGAUGACCUAUCAGAUGAGAAGUAUUAUACUGAUGAAGGGCUUCCAUCUAACCGACUGAUUACCGAAGAAAGAGAUGAAUUCACUUUCAUGUCAAGUGAUGAGCCAUCUUUAGUCAAAGAUAGUUUCCCAGAAUGUAUCAUUGAAGAGGAGGUGCAUGUCUCCCCAACUGUGCAAGAGUCAGUCCUCGAGUUCCUGAAAGAGGACACUUUGGAUCCCAAAGAGCAAUUAAAGGGAGCUCUAGAGAAGAUUCAAGGCUCGGUGUCAGAUCAGUUGAAGGAGGAACUGGCUUUUAUCAGCAGGGUCGGUAGUGAAAGUCCAGAGAAUUUGGCUGUAGAUGUCAAAAAAGUGCAGCAGUCCAACGGCAGUGGAACAAUGACCAUUGUGGCAGAGCUGAAUGUCUCUCAGACUCUGGAAGAUUCAGGGUUGCUAGAGGCAGAGGGAGAUGAGCUGUCUGAAGAGGAUGUCAUGGCAGCUCUUCGGUCUUAUAACCCAGAGCUAGAGAAAGCUCUCCAGGGUGCAGCGGAAGGUGGAUACAGCCUGAAAGUCUCCAGAGAACCAGAAGAUGCAAACAGCGAAGUACCGGAAGGCUUCACCACCAAAGAAGAGAGUAUGACUGACAUCGCUGAGAAGUACAUCAGGCUGGGUCCAUCGGAGAAGUCCUUCACCUUCCAGAUGGGUGUAAAUAACAGCCAAGCUCAACCUAGCUCAGAUCAAGUUCUGCAGUCACAAAUUGUGGCUGCUCCACUGGAAAUCUCUCAUGAGAAAAGAGUUGCAACAGUCUACCUUGAAAACCCUAAUGAUGACUAACAAAUUGGCUGAUCAAAAUUAAUUUCAGAUUAUAGGCUUAUACUUGUCUUGUUGAAUCCCACGUCCAUGUUAUCAUCAGUCACUUACUACUUAACAGUGCUCUGAUUGCUGCAGUGAAACACUGUAAUAAAUUAUAGGACAUUUACAGUAAAAUGGGCUAUUAAACUGCAAGAGAACACAUUGUCAUGUUACAUAAAUUCUAUUCAUUGCGGCGUUAAUACACAGACGAACAAAACACAAUGUUGAGGUUGACCAUGUCUUCGAGUUUUUAUAGACUAGCUUGAACUACAACAGGAAAGCCUUCUUGUUUUAGCAGCUUUUUGCAACUAUAUUUGAAAGGCUUAAUUUACAGGCAUUAGCUGACUCUUUUUACAGUCAUAGUUCCUCUUUACGAGGGUUUUCCAUAAUAUACUCCCCAUAUAUUUUUGUACUAACCUGUGCUACACAACUUUUAAGAUUUCUUUUUUUUUUGAAAAAAAAUUUUUUUUUUGAGACACUGCUACCAAAUACUAUAUUACAUGUAUCACUCCAGAUACACUGUGAUUUAUACUUAAUCAUAAUUAUUGAUAGUUACAGAACACAGUUGUAGGCAAGAACGUAAUAUGCGCUUCCAGUAGAAAUGGAAAAAGCUUAGAUUUUGCUUUUGAGGGAAUCUUUCAACUAUCGAGCACUGAAAUGGAGUGUGCGUGGGAGUACUUAGAGAGGGAACUGAAUGUGUAUCGAGGAAUAUGCAAGUUGAUGCGAUUUGGGAUAACCGGAUGAUUAUCAUUGCUCUCCACUAAUUUGCCAUUAGCUAAUUUUGUUUGAUCAAAUAAUUUUAUUGUUAAUCUUAAAGUGAUCCUAAUUGCAUUUUAUACAACCGGACAAGGCCAUUUGAAAAACCUGCAAGGAUAAAAACUCCCAUCCUGUGUCUUUCUGGUCCUUUACUUCUUUUAGAGAGCAUGAUUUAAUCUUCCAACCCGACUUCCAAAGCAAAAAUCGCCGCCAAUUUGAAGAGCGAGUGGUAGAAUGGCAUGUAGACUGAUCACUGUGAAGGAGAGCGGGAAUAAAACUGAUGAGUUAUGAGGCGUCUUGUUUUAGUGUGAGGACGAAAACGAGUCUCAUCGUUUCUCACUGCAUCACGGUUAAGCUUACUUGAACGUCUUUGGCCUCGAGCGCUGACCUGCAGGACUUACCUUUGCCCCGAGACGAGAAUGGGUUCACUACCCGGUCUAUUUUUGGAUCAUCUGCUUAGUGGCACUGAGAAUGUGUUGUGUACUAGUUGUAGAAGCCGAAGCGGUGCAGCAUAGUUAUAUAUCCCGCUGUGUUUAGUGAGCCGUAUCGAAAGGGUUUUAGAUCUCUCACUUGCUAAGCACUUAGCGCUGUCCUCAUGGUAUGAUGUAUUGGAACUGUCAUGUUUUAAGACGCGACGAGCGCAAAAACACAAUUAAGUAUGUUAACUCCGUGUUGUCAAAUUGACUAGUUAUAUAUACGCUUCAGAGAUCUAUGAAAUUACCCAGCAAUCAAAAAGGGAUGCAACAAAAAAAAAUGUAUUCAGCAAGCUGCAAUUUAUGUAAAAUGAUUUACGGACUGCUGUUGUCAAAUCGGUGAAAUUGUUGAUUGAUUCUGGCUUAGUAUGGCAAGCCUAUUUGAUCUUUCUCUCUCUAUAUAUACAAGUUUAGCUAUUGUGCCAUUUCAUAGCAUUAACUCGUAGUGCAGAGAAAUUGUUACAGCUUGGUACGGUAUUUACAGCAUCUUGAGUGUUUCUUUCUGGCGGCCAAAUCGUCAUCAGUUAAAAUUUCUGCCAAAGAAACCGGCGUUUCUUUCAGGUUCAAAGAUGUCCGGCCGUUUCUGGUUUUGGACUUUUCUUCAUACCUUACAACAAUAAAAAAAAAAAACCCAAAAAAA